CCCAGUGUGUGAUGGUCAUGUGAUCAGAUCUGCCUAGCGGUGUGUGUUGUGUUGCUGAAGAUGGCGUGUUGUGGAGGAUGUUUGUGUUGUCAAUGCUGCUGCAAUGAAGGCGAAACAAGAACACCAGAGGAGCUGACAAUACUCGGUGAAACCAGAGAAGAUGAUGAUGAAAUAUUGCCAAGAAAAGACUAUGAGAGUUUGGAUUAUGACCGUUGUAUUAAUGAGCCGUUCUUGGAGGUUUUGGAAGGGUUGGAUAAUAAGAAAGCCAGAAAAUAUGAAGCAAUAAAGUGGAUUUUAGUCUUCGCGAUUGGAGUAUCAACAGGACUGACUGGCCUUUUCGUUGAUUUCUUUGUGCGGCUUUUCACUCAGCUGAAGUUCAACGUGGUUGGGCAAUCUGUGGAGGAAUGCAGUGAGAAUGGCUGUCUAGCUCUUUCAUUACUGGAGCUGCUGGCUCUCAAUAUGAUGUUCGUGUUCAUCUCCAGUGUUCUAGUGCUCAUUGAGCCUGUUGCAGCUGGGUCGGGUAUCCCUGAAAUUAAAAGUUACCUUAAUGGAGUAAAGGUGCCAGGAAUUGUGAGGCUGCGAACCUUCAUAUGUAAGGUGACGGGGGUCCUGUUUGCAGUUGCUGGAGGAUUGUUUGUUGGGAAGGAAGGACCAAUGAUUCACAGUGGAGCAAUAGUAGGGGCGGGACUUCCUCAGUUUCAGAGCAUCACCUUCAAGAAGAUCCGCUUUCAUUUCCCUUAUUUCCGCAGUGACAGGGACAAAAGGGAUUUUGUCUCUGCGGGGGCAGCAGCAGGAGUUGCAGCUGCCUUCGGGGCACCAAUAGGGGGCACGCUCUUCAGUCUGGAGGAGGGGUCGUCCUUCUGGAACCAGGCUCUCACAUGGAAAGUGUUGUUCUGCUCCAUGUCUGCCACUUUUACACUCAACUUCUUUCGUUCUGGGAUCAACUUCAGUAAAUGGGGGUCAUUCCAGCUGCCCGGCCUACUCAACUUCGGAGAGUUCAAGUGUCCAGAUGGAGAUAAGGCCUGUCAUCUGUGGACAGCAGUAGAUCUGGCAUUUUUUGUGUUGAUGGGGGUGGCAGGAGGUCUGCUCGGUGCUCUGUUCAACUGCAUCAACAAACGGCUUGCCAAAUACCGCAUGAGAAACGUCCAUCCCAAAGCAAGAUUCAUCAGGGUGUUGGAGAGUCUGUUGGUAUGUAUGGUGACCACACUAGUGAUCUUCAUGUCUUCAAUGACUCUGGGAGAGUGUCGAGAUUUGGUCUCCAACGUGAAUAACAACACUUCAACACAGGGGUCUGUAAAUGAAGAGGUCAACUCAACCAUACGCCGAUUCUUCUGUUACAACAACACGUAUAAUGACAUGGCAACCCUUUUCUUCAACCCUCAAGAAGUGGCAAUUCACCAGCUCUUUCAUCAGAAUGCUACUUUUAGUCCGGUCACGCUCUCCCUGUUCUUUGUGCUGUAUUUUUUCCUGAGCUGCUGGACGUAUGGCGUGUCCGUCCCAAGUGGUCUGUUUGUCCCUUCACUUCUCUGCGGAGCUUCACUGGGACGCCUUUUAGCCAAUGUCCUAAAAAUAAACUUCCACAUGCAAAUCUAUUCGGGGACCUUUGCUUUGAUUGGAGCAGCUGCAUUCCUCGGAGGUGUGGUCAGAAUGACCAUCAGCCUGACAGUCAUCUUAAUCGAAUCAACCAACGAGAUCACUUAUGGACUUCCCAUUAUGAUAACACUAAUGGUGGCCAAAUGGACAGGAGAUUUCUUUAAUAGGGGAAUAUAUGAUAUUCACAUUCACCUGAAAGGAGUUCCUCUGCUGGAGUGGGAAACUGAAGUGGAGAUGGACAAACUGACAGCCAGUGAUAUCAUGGAGCCCAACCUGACAUAUGUGUAUCCUCACACUCGCAUUCAGUCUCUGGUCAGCAUCCUGAGGACCACCGUCUAUCACGCAUUCCCUGUGGUCACCGAGAACAGAGAUAACGAGAAGGAGUUCAUGAAGGGAAAUAUCCUAAUAAGCAACAAUAUCAAAUUCAAGAAAACCAGUGUGUUGACGCGGGCGGGGGAGCAGAGGCGGAGGUGUCAGUCGAUGAAAUCGUACCCAUCAAGCGAGCUCCGCAAUGUGUGUGAUGAACAUGUGGUUGUAGAGCCGACGGAGGAAGGCCAGGACAUCCUUCAGCAGAUGCUAGAGAGGAGGCACGCGCCAUACCCAAACCUCUACCCAGAUCAGUCACCCAGUGAAGAGUGGACCAUGGAGGAGAGGUUCAGACCGCUCACCUUUCACGGACUCAUCCUGCGCUCACAGCUUGUCAACUUGCUGAUCCGUGGCGUCUGCUAUGCUGAAAACCAGUCGAGUGCCUCACAGCCACGGCUCUCUCACUCAGAGAUGACUGAGGAUUACCCACGAUUCCCUGACAUCCACGAUCUCGACCUGGCCCUUCUCAACCCACGCAUGAUUGUGGAUGUGACGCCCUACAUGAACCCCUGCCCGUAUACAGUCUCUCCAAACACACAUGUCUCCCAAGUAUUCAAUCUUUUCAGGACUAUGGGGCUUCGACACUUACCUGUAGUCAAUGCAGUAGGAGAGAUUGUGGGAAUAAUCACCAGGCAUAAUCUUACCCAUGAGUUUUUAGUCGCUAAACUCCGACAGCAUUACAUCACAAUAUAAGACUCCACUGGCACCGUCUGCCAUCAAACAGCCAAGCUUAAGUAAUGGCUGACUGGAGAUGAGAUGAGGAAGACUCCAGAGACCUGAGACCAUCCUCCCAAGACCACCAUCAGACCUGAACAGUGUCUUCAGGUCCAAUCCUUAAGCCAUUCCUUGUCACCGUGUGGACUGCUAGCUGGAGUGCCUGACCCGUCCAGGAACACACACAAAUACACAAACACAUAACACUAAUGCAGGUAAGGUACAGUUAAUCCACACAUGUUCAGUACAGCGUACUGAUUUUUUUUCUUCUGACGCUGCCUGCGCUUUACCAACCUCACUUAAGCACUUUUAAUUUUGACUUCUCAGUUUUAAAUUCGUGGACCAUUUGCUUUUGCACAAAGAAUGAGGUAAACCACUGACCACAGUCGCUGAUCAAAUUAUUGUUCCUUUUUUUGUUUUCCGAAGAAGUAAAACGUUUUAAAUCCA